UCAAAUAUCCACCCCAAAAAUUCGAACCCCUAACCCUCCUCCUCUCUCCCUUCUCCUCAAACCUAAUGUCUUCCAAAAAAGGCGGACUAUCACUACCCGACCGCGCCGGCGCCGGUGCCGGCGACGGAAUCCUCUCUAGGGUUUCAUCAUCCAUAUCUCAAUCUCCGAUCGUGUACCAAGGCAAGCGAGCCGCAUCCGACGCCGCCUUAAUCGCCAAAAAGCUUCUCAAGAGCACCGGAAAAGCCGCGUGGAUCGCCGGAACUACUUUUCUGAUACUCGUAGUUCCGCUCAUUAUCGAGAUGGAUCGCGAUGCGCAGCUCACUGAGCUCGAGCUGCAACAAGCUAGCUUGUUGGGUACACCUCCUCCGCCUUCUGCUGCUGGAG